ACUGACAGCGUAAAAACCAAUGGAUGGACCAGAUAGAUAUAUUUCAAACACACAAGAAACCAUCUAAUGUGAAACAAUAAAUUCUAAAUGCUGCCGUGUCGAAUCUGCGGAUGCGUCAAACAGGAUACGUUUACGUGGGCUGUGUUUUGUUUACAAACGCCGCACCACUUCUGCAAAGCAUGGCGAUCUCCAUAGCCAUCUUAGACUGUGACCUCCUCCUACACGGUCGAGGCCAUAAGACCCUGGACCGCUUCGACCUCGACUCUGUCUCAGAUAAUUUCCUCCUCACGCAGUUCGGCUUCCCGAGACACUUCAUCCUCUACCUGGUGGAGAUUCUCAGAGAGGCUCUGUGCAGACGUACGCAGCGGUCCCGAGCUAUCAGCCCUGAAGUCCAGGUGUUGGCAGCUUUGGGUUUCUACACGUCCGGCUCGUUCCAGACAUCUAUGGGAGACACAAUCGGGAUCAGCCAGGCUUCAAUGUCCAGAUGUGUGUCUAAUGUGACCAAAGCCCUGGUGGAGAAAGCGCCGCAGUUCAUCACAUUCAACAAUGACCCCACCAGCAUAGACCAGACCGUCCAGGAGUUUCAGAGGGUGGCAGCGUUUCCAGGAGUGCUCGGGGUGCUUGAUUGUGUUCAGGUGACGAUCAAAGCUCCAAACAGCGAAGACUUUUCCUUCGUGAACAAAAAGGGCUUUCACUCUGUGGGCUGUCAGCUCGUCUGUAACGCUCGAGGACUCUUGCUCAGUGCAGAAACCUGGCCGGGUGGGCUCAAAGACACGGAGAUUCUGGAAAGAUCUGCUCUCUUUAAACAGAUGCAGGACGUCGAGGAGGGCUGGCUACUUGGUGACCGUCGUUACCCUCUAAGGAAGUGGCUGAUGACGCCGGUCGACAACCCAGAAUCCCCUGCAGAGCUUCAGUAUAAUCUAGCUCACACAGCGACUCAUGAGAUUGUGGACCGAACAUUCAGAGCCAUUCAGACCAGAUUUAGAUGUUUGGAUGGUACUAAAGGAUACCUACAGUAUUCUCCAGAGAAAAGUUCAGCCAUCUUGCUCGCCUGCUGCGUCCUCCACAACGCCUCUUUGCAGUCCGGUUUAGACGCCUGGACGCUGGAGAGGACCGACCCUCUGGAGCAGCCGGAGAGCCUCGAACAGAGACCCGAGGACCGGGACAGCCAGGCAGAGAACCUUCGGAAAGAACUCAUACUAAAACACUUCAGCUAAUCUCAUCAAAAGACUGAAUAAGACUGCAAUAAGAGCAGAGAGAUGAACAGGAGAGUCUCAUUUAAAGCAAAAUAAGUCCACAGACACAGUGUUGCUGAUGCAGUUUUUUAAUAUUUUGCUGGUUUCUACUCUACGGACUACACUAAGAUAACAUAGAAGUAUAUUGAGGAACAUGCAAGGAGCUAUACAACAAACCAAGACAACAUUGGAUCAUAACACAUUUUAAAUAUCGCCCAAAAGUGCUUGAUUAUCCUCAUGGAAAUGUCAGAAUAAUCAAGCACCUCCUGGAGUUUUACAUUAUUCAAACUGUGUGCAGCUGCUGUUAUCGAGGAUUCUUUACAAGUGGAAAAAGUCACCCUCCCUCUUUUUCUUUUCGUGAAAUUCCCACCCAGUUUACAUCUUCAUUUACCCCCAAACUCAACUUUUUUUUUACCUUUUCCACGUAAUUCCACAGGUUAAAAUUUUGGACAAUCUCACAAUACAAAAAAAGGGCAUUAUUUACAACAACUGCACAUUAAGUUGUCAUUAUUUAUGUACACUGGUGCAUUAAGAUUGUUAAAGGGGAAUCUGGUGUUUUUAACCUGGGCUUUAUUUAUAAGUAAGUUUAAAUCACCAAUUAAAUCAAACACGUGUUUAACAAG